UUUUCUCUCUCUCUAGGAAGCCAUUUUUUUCUUCUUUUGCCAAGAAAACAAUCUAAGGUGUGUGUGUGUGUAGAUACUACCCAUCGUUUUAUCAAAUCCAUCUUCAGUAUCUUAUUCUUCUUUUUGUUCAUUCCUGGUUUGAAGUUUUUGGAUUUAGUUAUCCUUGUUCCUACUUCUUGAUCCCUCUCUUUGUUUUUAUUAAUUUCAAGAUCCAAAUCUAGAAAUCUAAGAGAUGGGAGGGGAGGAGUGUGGUUUUAGAUUUGGGUAAGGGUGGAUGAUAAAGAUCUGGUGUUAUGCAGAAGUAUUUGGGAAACGAAGAGGCAAAUAGUAACAGUGGAAGAAUCAAAUGUUCUUAUCCACUGAGAACCCACCAAAUGACCCACUUUUUUCUUCUUCUUCUCAUUUCUUACAACAUCUCACCACUUCUUCCCAUGAGUUAGGUCAAUCCCAUCUCUCCAAUUUCUCCAUCAGAGAUUACGCAUAUAGUAACCGGAAGAACAACAAUAUCAAGAACAACUGGCCAUUCUCUUCAAAAAGUCUCCAUCUUUUUUCAACUCAUGGCGUAACAGAUCCUUUGCCACCGUUUCAGAGAUUCUCCACUGUAAGUAAUCAGUUUGAGACCAAGGCUAGUUCAUCUUCGGGAAAGCAAAUCGCGUCUUAUGUUCAUCAAGGAAGAGGCUUGGCUAAGUUUGGUUUAAAUCAGAGAUUAGCAGAGACUAGUAGUAAUAAACGAGUUUGUAGCCAAUCAAGGAUCAUUGAGAAUGGUUUGUUUCCGAGCACUUCCAAGUCUGAAGUAGAGAUACUAGUAGCUACUACGAGUAACAAGAGCAAUCACCACAGUAAAAAGUGUGGAAGAGGGAUGAUGAAAUCUAAAGAAGAUAGUUGCGGCGGUGGUCUUGUGAUGACUUCUGAAUCAGUAAUGGCUUCAAAGACAUGUCCUAUUUGCAAAACCUUCUCAUCAGCUUCUAAUACCACUUUGAAUGCUCACAUCGAUCAGUGUUUGUCUGUUGACUCAGCAUUGCCACUGGUUGUUAGUAGUAAGCCAAGCAAGCCUAGGAGUAAGCCACCGGUGAAAGUUAAAACGAUGGUUGAUAUCUACGCUUAUGCGAAAGAAGACACAUUAGAAGAUCUUGAUAAAAGAAAUGGAACAAAGUGGGUCUCUAUUUUGAGUUAUACAAAUAGAGUUGUUGGUGAUAAGUCUCAAGUGUCUAAGAAGCGGAAAGUUUCGCCUGUUGGCGUUGGACCUGUUUAUAUUGAUGCUAAGGGUCAAAAAUUGCGGAUCUUAUCAGAGUUCAGUGAGAAGAAGACUUGUACAACUCAGUCGAGAGAGCAGCAUGAUGAUGGUAGUAGUGAAAACAAAUGUUCAAGCCAAGGUAGUAAAGGAAACAACAAAUGCUUGAGGAAAAAUCGUCGAGGAAGGAAACCUCACAAGUUUGUUAAACUAACCAAUCAAAAGGCCAAUGCUUCAGAUCAGAUACCGGAGUAUCAAAGAGGGUUUUCUGGAGAAGGUAGUAGCAAGGGUCAUCGUAGACUCUAUAAUCAGCGAAUGCUAGCAAAACGUGGUAUGACUUCGAAGAAGCUAAAUGAGGAAGGGCAUAAAUUUUAUAGUUUGCAGGAUCAGCCAUCUGAGGAUGAUGAUGUUACAUGGUCAGGAGGAGAUCCUGUUGCGUCCAGAGGUACUGACUUGUCUGCCACAGAUUCCUAUCCUCGAAAUAAACAGAAGCUGGGAAGCGAAGUUGCUAGAAAGAAUAAGACUUUAGUUAAGAGUAAAAGAGCUCAAAGUCGUUCGUUUAGAGACCGCAUGAGAGAAAAGGAGGAGGGGUCACUUAAGGGAGUUCAUGUAAACACUCUCCGAGUGAAGAAGACCCUUGCUUCGAUUCAAAAAGAUAAGUUUAAGAAUUUAUGCUUAGAGGCCGUAGAGGUUUCAGAUGCAUCUCCUCGUGCAACUAAUAUGAGAAAGUUGUCACCACCAUUUGUACCAAAUGCCUGUAGGAGACUAUCUAUGCCUGUGGAGCUAAAGAAAGCUCGGUUGGAUUUCUCGGAGGAAGAUGAUGAAGAAGAAUUAGGGAAAUGGGAAUCUAAAAUGACUCAAGAACGUGAGCUGUCAGAUGAUGAUUAUGUCUCUGGUGAUAAUGGAGGAAUACUGAGAUCACAUCCUUCAUCUAGUGGUUACGAUGACUAUAAUGAUGAUGACGAAGAAAAUAGUGAAGAGGAAGAAGAUAAUAACAAAAGAGCUCAUGCGUUGGACAAAACCGAUGAUACUGGUGCUGAGUUCGACCAGUUAGACAGUCCACCAUCUAAUGAAGUCAUACCUAGUGAGCGAGAAAUGUAUUACUCGAAAGAAGUUGGGAACAUGAUUUACGGGCAGACCUCUUACAAGGAGGAUGUGAGGUUUGAUUCUGAAGUAGGACAAGGAAUAAGCUUAUUUGUAGAGGUUGAUACUAUUCCCAUUCCAGGACCUCCAGGAUCAUUUUUACCAAGCCCUCGUGAUAUGGGUUUCGAUGAGAAUCUUGGGAACUCGUCGGUUAUCACAAGCCAAAUCCAAUCUUCCAUGGAUCAGCUUGACAGAAACUCCUCUGAAUCACCUGUUUCCGCAGUUUCAAACUUUGCACCUGGUAGAUUGAAUUUUCCUGCGGAGUUAUCUUCUUCUAUCCAAGAAAGUUUCUCUCCGGACAUUCCUGUGUCCUCCUCCUACUCAACAGCCCCAAUGAGCUUUUGUGUUCCAUCUCAUCAUGGAACAACAACCGAGGCUGAGCAAGUUACCGUUGACAAGACAACAACACCUUCAAGAUUUAGAAACAGUGAACAUGAGUCUUGUUGUUGCCAAAGAAAAGAAAGAAUCUACGAGGGCAUUACUUUCAAUCAUCAAGCAUCUCAUCUACUGCAGCGUAGAGCAGCUUCUUCGUCAAUUGCCAUGAACUUAACAAAAUCACCCACACGCGUGGAUCAAAACCAUCCAUUUGAGCAGUCUCCAUACAAGAUCCAACAAGAUUCGGAUCUUCAGAGUAAGUUCUCCAGCAGAACGAAUCUCAACGCGGCUGUGCCUCCAAGUCCUUCUAACCCGGUUUUACGGUUAAUGGGAAAAGACUUGAUGGUCAUGAACCAAGGAGAAACAGAUCAAGAAGCAUCACAACAGUCUAGCUUAACACCAACCCCACCUCAGUUUCUUGAUCCUCCUUGCGCUGGAGCUGGCUUACACUUCAACACAGGUCUCUAUAUAAGAAACAAUUUCGAGUCAACACAUCAACCACAAGCCCAACCACAAGCUUCAGCAUUCAGAAACAAUUUUGAUCAUGUAAGGUACUUUUCUCCGAGCUAGUCACCGUAAAGUUUCGACCUUUCCGAGUGUCCCUACGGCAGACAUUUACUAUGCUUCCAUCUCUUUCUGCAGAGAGACUUUGUGUAGUUUACUGUUUACUUAAAGAAAAAAAAGCAAAACACUUGAAAAUAACAAAACACUCUGUAGUCUAGAUUAAGUAACUUUUUAUGUAGGCUUUCAUUGCCACCAAAGUUGUCCAAAACACUCUUUUAAAAAGUUAUAAACUUAUAGUUUAUCUUUUUA